AUGCGGGAGGCGAAGCUGGAGCCUGACGCCAUCAGCUACAAUGCUGGGAUCAGCGCGUGCGAGAAGGGCGAGCGGUGGCAGCGGGCUCUGGCGCUGCUGAGGGAGAUGCGAGAGGCGAAGCUGGAGCCCACCAUCAUCUGGGCUACACUGCUGCGAUCUGCGCGUGUGAGGGAUGCGGCCAGUGGCGGCAUGCGCUGUCCCUGCUCAGCGAGAUGCGGAAGUGCAAUCUGGAGACGGAUGGGAUCACUUACAGCUUGGGCAUUACAGCGUAUGAGAGGUCGUCUGAGGCCUCGGCAGGAUUCCCAGGCUAUCAUUGGAUCGGCCUUUCGCGUUUUCGAGUGUCUGGCGAAGCGUUGUGCGUGCGGGAAUAUGCUGGGCAAGCUCUGUAAUUACGUGGAUGGACAUCCUCAUGUUGAAGUUGGCAGCGUCUUUCAAUACAGCAGGAAGCCUCGCGUCGGAGACCACUACAUAAGCCGCCCUGGCUGGCUACAGCGCUGGGAUCAGAACAUGUGA